AAUACACAAACUGUUAAGUGUGAAAAACCCGGCAGCGUUGCAGUUCUUGACCCAAACCGGUGCGCCUGGCAACUACUACCAUACCCUGUUCAAAGGUGACUGUGUGGACAAUACAGUUGAAAAGCCAAGGAAACUGACAAAUAACAGGAAGAGAAGCACCAGCACAUCAGAGGAAGAGUUGCCCAAAAAGAGACGUCGAUGCGCAGAUGAGUCAGACAGAGUGCGGACAGUGCAGGUCCCAGACGUGUCGUCCAAGCAGCUGAUGCAGGUGGCUAAGCUGCAGGGGAAGGAGUGGAAUCAGGUGGUUAAGCGGCAGGGGAAGGAGUGGAAGCAGGUGGUUAAGCGGCAGGGGAAGGAGUGGAAGCAGGUGGCUAAGCGGCAGGGGAAGGAGUGGAAGCAGGUGGCUAAGCGGCAGGGGAAGGAGUGGAAGCAGGUGGCUAAGCGGCAGGGGAAGGAGUGGAAGCAGGUGGCUAAGCGGCAGGGGAAGGAGUGGAAGCAGGUGGCUAAGCGGCAGGGGAAGGAGUGGAAGCAGGUGGCUAAGCGGCAGGGGAAGGAGUGGAAGCAGGUGGCUAAGCGGCAGGGGAAGGAGUGGAAGCAGGUGGCUAAGCUGCAGGGGAAGGAGUGGAAGCAGGUGGCUAAGCGGCAGGGGAAGGAGUGGAAGCAGGUGGCUAAGCGGCAGGGGAAGGAGUGGAAGCAGGUGGCUAAGCGGCAGGGGAAGGAGUGGAAGCAGGUGGCUAAGCUGCAGGGGAAGGAGUGGAAGCAGGUGGCUAAGCGGCAGGGGAAGGAGUGGAAGCAGGUGGCUAAGCUGCAGGGGAAGGAGUGGAAGCAGGUGGCUAAGCGGCAGGGGAAGGCGUGGAAGCAGGUGGCUAAGCGGCAGAGGAAGGAGUGGAAGCAGGUGGCUAUCGGUUGCAUGGACCUGUUAUAAAUAGCUAACCAAUAGCUACCAGGAAUAUCUGCAUUGAACCUUGUUGCACUAACUAUUUUGACUCAUCACAUACAUUACUUUUACUGUUCGUUAUUUAUCCCGUUGGCUAGUCACUUUAUCCCUACCUACAUAUACAUACUGUAUCUACCUCAAUUGCCAUGUACCCCUUCACAUCGACUCUGUACUGGUACCCCGUGUAUAUAGCUAAGUUAUCAUUACUCAUUGUGUAUUUAUUCCUUGUGUUGUUAUUUUUCUAUGUAUUCCUCUUUUUGCAUUUUCAAUUUUUCUACUAUUUCAAUUUUUUUCUCUGCAUUGUUGGGAAGGGCCAGUAAGCAUGUAACAAAUAACAUUUGCCAGUAGUGUAAAGUAACUUAAGUAAAAAAUACUUUAAAGUACUACUUAA